AUGGACGCCGCCGAUCUCAAGCACUAUUUGGCCGACUCCCCUCCCACCAUCGUAAGACUGGAAAUCGAGAAGCAUUUCGAUGCCUUGACCGACCAGCAAAAGAGAUAUGCCCAUUUCAUUAGCAAAGCCGCCUUUGCUGGAACCCGCGUCGUCCUUCGACAAAUCUCUCCAGAGUCUGAAGCCAUAUAUGACUUCAUUCUUGCUCUCCACAAGAGCUCUGGCGGCGACUGGAAGGCCUUGCAGUCCAAGGCAGGCAUUUCGGACGAGGAUCUUGACUAUUUCCUGCAGUAUGCCGGCCAAUUCCUAGGCAACAAUGGCAACUACAAGAGUUUUGGCGAUGCCAAGUUCAUCCCGAGAAGCUCAGAAUCCGCCAUUGCAGCCCUCGCAGCCACUGAUGCCACAGCGGACAAGUUCUACAAGGCAACAAAUGGUGCCAUCUUUUCGCAUGACCGCCCUUCCCUGAUGCACCUUGGCUAUCCAGAGGAAGGUCACAUGACUACCUACUAUCCAGACUCCCCCAGUAUUACCAAGGAUGAAAUUGAUGCUGUUUCUGCUUGGAUGGAGAAGAAGGGUCUUUUGCCGGAAAACACUAGACUUUCCAAGUCCAGCUCGGGUACCUUUGACAUCAAGAUUGCAUCGGCCGACACAUCGGUGCCCAGCGAGGGUGGUGAUAUUGGCAAAGACGCAUCUUUCACCGUGGAAGAAGGACCCCUUGCCGGGAAAACCAUCAACCUCGUAUAUGGCGACUAUUCCAAGGAAAUGGCAGCGAUUACUGAAAACAUCAAGAAGGCUGCAGAGAAUGGUGCCAACGAGACACAGAAGAACAUGUACAAUGCAUACGCCAAGUCUUUCAAGGACGGUUCGCUACUUGCUUUCAAGGACUCUCAACGAUUCUGGAUCAGAGACAAGGGACCAGCAGUCGAGUCCAACAUUGGUUUCAUUGAAACCUACAGAGAUCCGGCCGGAGUCAGAGGCGAAUGGGAAGGUUUCGCGGCUGUUGUCAACCAGGAAAGAACCAAGGCAUUCGGUGAUCUCGUCAGCGCAGCUCCCGAUCUCAUCCCCAAGCUGCCCUGGAGCAAGGAGUUUGAAAAGGACAAGUUCCUCGCUCCUGACUUUACUUCCCUCGAGGUUCUCACAUUUGCUGGCUCGGGUAUCCCUGCUGGCAUCAACAUUCCCAACUACGACGAUAUUCGACAGACUGAGGGAUUCAAGAACGUCUCCCUGGGCAACGUCUUGAGCGCAAAGGCACCCAACGAGAAGAUUCCUUUCAUUGCUGAGAAGGAUCUGGAGAUUUACCGCAAGUACCGUGAUGAUGCAUUUGAAGUCCAGGUCGGACUUCAUGAAUUGACUGGUCACGGAUGUGGCAAGCUGCUUCAGGAGACCUCUGCCGGGGAGUACAACUUUGACAAGGCAAAUCCGCCAGUGUCACCCAUCACGAACAAGCCCAUCACUACAUGGUACAAGCCUGGCCAGACAUGGGGUUCUGUUUUUGGCAGUGUUGCUGGUGCUUACGAGGAAUGCCGUGCUGAACUCGUGGCCAUGUUCCUCUCAUGCGAUUUCCCAACUCUCAAGAUCUUUGGCUACGGUGACGGUUCAGAGAACAUGGAUGGCGUCGCCGGUGACUUGCUCUACGCUUCUUAUCUUUCCAUGGCACGUGCUGGUCUGGCAUCACUGGAGAUGUGGGAUCCCAAGAGCCGCAAGUGGGGACAGCCUCACUCGCAAGCCCGUUUCUCGAUCCUCCAGUGUUUCCUCCAGGCUGGCGAUGACUUCUGCAAGCUAGACUAUGAAGGCGACAAUGUCGAGGGUCUGACCAUCAACCUGGACCGCUCAAAGAUCCUCACGGUCGGUCGCAAGGCUGUUGGGGAUUACCUCCAGAAGUUGCACGUGUACAAGAGCACGGCAGAUGUGCAGACAGGUAGCGACUUCUUCUUGGGCAUGACCGAGGUUGACCCAGAGUUUUGGGGUCAGAAGAUCCGCGGCGAGGUCCUCAGGGUCAAGCAGCCCCGCAAGGUCUUUGUGCAAGCCAACACGUACCUGGAGGAGAGCACCGGCAAGGUCUCACUCAAGCACUACGAUGCAACUCUAGAGGGCAUGAUCCAGAGUUGGGCAGAACGCGAGGUUUGA